GUGUCAUGAGACAAUGUCUCUUAAUAUUUAUAUUCUCAGCUGUUUGUGCCCUGUAAGAGUGUACUAAAAAUGCUAUUACAAAUCUGUUACAUUUUGGAUAAUCUGUUUUAUCAAUGUAGAACACUGCCUUAAAAUAAAGACUCAAUGUCUACACGUUUUGAUGUUCCUUGUCUAGGUAUAGCCCAGUCUGAUGGUGGUCCACAUAUCUUUUGUUAAUGACUGACAAAGACUUGAGAGUGACUUGCAAAACACUGACUUUCAACCACCUCUGGUAUUCUAUACUUGAAUUUCUUCAAGGUUGAGAUUUGUCUUAUUCAUGCCGGAAAAUGUCACGUCCCCAUGGGACAUGACAAAAUAAUUGAAAACUACGGAGCCCCUAAAGUGACAUAAUGAAGAAAAGACAGAAAAAAGAAAGGGAAAAAAAAAAAUCCGGAGAAACUAUUGCAAGAUCCUUGACAAACCUUUGAGAGAUCCCAGGUUUUUGAAACCUGUUUGUUCAUUAGAUGAGAAGCAGUCAUGGAGGAGGGCCUUCUGGCUUUAAAAAUUUUUCACACAAUCUCGCAAUAGUUUGUCAGGAUUUUGGUGGGGGUGUUUUGGAUCAUUUUCUUUCACCGUGUCCCCUGGCUUAGGGUCUCAGUAGAGAACCAUGACUUUAGUGCACACUUUCACUGACACUUGUAAGGAGGGUUUGAGGUUUUACAUAGCCACGAAAUAAUUAAAUUGCAUAGUUGGGUAUGAGAAUCAAAAAACAUUAUUUGCAAUAUUAUUGGAUUUGCACCUUUAUUUGGGUAUGAGAAUCAAAGAGCAUUAUUUUUAUUAUUAUUGGAUUUGCGCCUUUAUGUAGCGACAUUAGUUUAUACACUUUAAAUAAUGUGCUUGCAUUUAAAAAAAACAAUGGCUUUAUACUCAGCAAUUUAUUAAACAAAAUAUACAGUGUAAUGGUAUAACUUAAAAAAUGUGCAUCAUAGUUCGAGAUGCCAAAGGUAUUUAAAAAAAAAUCUGCUUUGCCCGGCAAUACACGUUUGCGAGGUGCUUUGUGGAGGGACUAUGAUUAAAAGCGUGUUGUUGCAGUUAAGCUUAAGAUGUCAUGACUGAGUUGAUCUGGCAACCUCCAGCAAACUGCGACAGCGGAGCAGCGCCAAUGGCAGCCAAACAUCCGUGGAGCAACCGAGCAGGAUGACAGCAACAAGGUUGAAGUAGUUGCCACAGGGGAGUGUGCAAUUCUAAAGCCCUACUCAAAGUGUGUCCAGCAAUGAAUGAGAUUCCCUGGUUACAGCCAAGGUGAGGACGAAGCAUGGGGCGUGAAUCAGAAGAGUUGAGGCAAACGUGACAGUAUGUUCUGCGUCGCGGAGACUCAAAAUGGAAAAGCACCCAUGCAGGGAGGAGAACAUUGACUCAAGUGGGGCCCAGCAUGCCACCGACAAGCCUGAGGAUGGCAGCACCUCAGAAAGUGAUUCUGAGGAGCAACAGUGCCAGAAGGUUCAGGUGAACAACAGCAGCUUUAAGAAGUGGGAGCCCCUGGCUGUCACAAAGCCCCAUCGUCAGCUGUGUCGCUCUCCAUGCCUCGACCAGCCCAGUUUUUCCCAGAGUAGCACAGCGCAAGAUGUCCGUGAAGAUGAGAAUACCUCGGGGCCAGCGAUUAAAGCGGCCAGCGACAGGGCGUACCAGACAAAAAUGGACUUUGCUUUGAAGCUGGGCUACUCGGGGGAGCAGGUGGAGGCGGUGCUCAACAAACUUGGGGCAGCUGCACUUAUUAAUGACAUUCUUGCAGAGCUAGUAAGGCUGGGAAACAAAGUGGAGCCUGAAUGUCAACCUUGCAGCGGUGUAGUCACGUCACUAUCACGUGCACCAUGUGGUAAAGAGGCUGUCAGUCCUGAGGUGUCUGUGGAAGAGGAAUCUGUGGAAAUUUAUGAUAAUCUCCGGCCUAUUGUCAUUGAUGGCUCAAACGUGGCAAUGAGCCAUGGGAACAAAGAAGUUUUCUCUUGCCGUGGUAUCCAACUUGCUGUUGAAUGGUUCCUAGAAAAAGGGCACAAAGAUAUCACUGUGUUUGUCCCAGCCUGGAGAAAGGAGCAGUCAAGGCCUGAUGCUCUUAUUACAGAUCAAGAAAUAUUACGCAAGCUAGAAAAAGAGAAGAUCCUGGUUUUCACUCCAUCUCGAAGGGUCCAAGGCAGAAGAGUGGUCUGCUACGAUGAUCGCUUCAUAGUGAAGCUGGCUUAUGAUUCUGAUGGAAUUAUCGUGUCAAAUGACAAUUACAGAGACUUGCAAAAUGAAAAACCAGAGUGGAAGAAGUUCAUCGAGGAACGACUCCUUAUGUAUUCAUUCGUCAAUGACAAAUUUAUGCCACCUGAUGAUCCACUGGGAAGACAUGGUCCAAGCUUGGAAAAUUUCCUUCGCAAGCGUCCUGUUGUUCCAGAGCAUAAAAAACAACCUUGCCCAUACGGCAAAAAGUGCACAUAUGGACACAAGUGCAAAUACUAUCAUCCAGAGCGUGUCAACCAACCACUACGGUCAGUGGCCGACGAACUGCGAGCUUUUGCUAAACUGUCUGCCGUGAAGACAAUGAGUGAGGGGGCCUUAGCUAAAUGCGUCACUGGUGCAGCGAUUGUGAACAAGGACAGCACCUCUGAAGUCAAACGCGUGGCACCCAAACGGCAGUCCGACCCAAGUAUCCGCUCAGUGGCCUGCGAGCUUCCAGAAACGCUGUCCGUUGUCAGGAAGUCUGAGACAAAUUCAGUGCCUUCCCUUGUGACUGCUCUCAGUGUGCCCACCAUGCAGCCUGCUAAGAGCCACGCUGCUGGGGCCUUGAACACGCGAUCCGCUAGCAGCCCAGUGCCGGGUUCUUUGCAGUUCUUGCACAGUUCACUGGAGCACAUGUCUAGUAUACAGUACCCACCCAUUUUGGUAACUAACAGUCAUGGCGCUUCUGUUACAUACAGUGAGCAGUUCCCAAAGUAUGACUCGGUCAGCGACCAUGGCUAUUAUUCACUGCACAGUGAUUUUUCGAAUAUGAGCAUGAGCAGUAUGCACAAUGUCGACAGUUUCUGUAGCAUGGAGCACGAACACAGUGUGUGCCAGAGAACUCGAAGCCACUGUCCCGAGUCCUGCCUCAGCCACUCCAACAGUGACUCGUUCUCCUCUUAUGGCGACCUGUACCCCAGCUCUGUGGACAGUAGCCUGGAGGAGAGCAUGAAGGGCCCUCAGCAGUCCCCUGCACCAGGGAGGAUGCAGACUUUCUCCCAUGGGUUUCGACACGAAGCGCUGACUCGGGUUCAAAGUUAUGGACCAGAGGAGCCCAAGCAGGGCCCACGUAAGCAGUCUGGAGCACACCUAGCACCACACCUCCAGCACGCUGCAGUGGGGGCCAGGUCGAGCUGCCCUGGAGACUACCCCCUCACUCAGAAUGUCCUCCCGCCAUUGUCCUCACAGCCGACGCGAUCCCUCGGCAUGACACGCAUGGACAGCAUAUCCGAUUCGAGGCUGUACGAUAGCAACCCAAUGAGACAGAGGCGUCCGCCACUGUGCCGUGAGCAGCAUGCGAGCUGGGACCCCUUGCCCUGUGGGAACGAGGCUUAUGGAUAUCACUCUUAUCCACUGAGCAACAACCUGAUGCCAUGUUGCGAGCGGGUGAUGGUCCGCAGCAUGCCCGACAAAAUGGAGCAAAUCUGGAACUCACCGUGGGAGACCCCGCCUGCUGCUGAACACCAAGAGCGGUAUGUCAUCCCAGACCACCAGUAUCAAACAUAUCGGAACCUCUGUAACAUCUUUCCUGCUUAUGUGGUCCAUUCAGUAAUGGAGAAAAACCCUCAUUUGACAGACCCCCAGCAACUUGCAGCGGUCAUUGUUACAAAUCUGAGGUCUUGUCACUGAGGGACCUUUCGAAAUUGUUCACAUUGAAGGCGAUAAGGGAAAUUUAGUACAGAUAUUUUGAUUGCAAAGACUGGCACUUGAUAAAUGUUGACAAAUGUGCAACAUUUGCCCUCAGGAGUUUUUUUUGUGUGUCUGCUGCAAAAUCUGGCAGUUUUACAUCAGUAAGAUGACAUCUGGUAAACCACAGUUGACAUUUUUAAGUAGAAUUGUAAGAUGGCUUCAUUUGAUAUGAAGUGUGGUGCACUUAUUGACUGUUUCAUAGCACAUCCAUUAUACUUGAGCAGGAGUUAUACAGUACAUCUAGUCAACAUAUAAAUUGUUAAAUUGUACUGUAAAAUGUAAAAUAUAUCAAUGGAACUUUGUGGUUCAGCCAACUAGUUGAACAUCAAAAUUUAAAGUUUAAGUGUUAACCUAUUCUAAACUUGGCCUAACUAGUUCAAAAACAAGUCACCACAACUUUUGGAUUUUUUACAUCAAGAAUGUUAGCUUUUUUAAGCAAGCACAAAGAUCCUUUUCAGGUGAUGUGGAUGUGCUAUGAAAGGCAUCCUUAAUAUUUCUGGUGCAGUGAACUAUCAAUAACUUUCUUCAGCUUUGCCUCCGCUGUAAAUAACUUGUCUUUUUUGUGCAUUUCUCUCUAAGACAGGUAAGAGGGAGGUACACACAUACCUCCAAGCAUGAACUAUGACAUUUAAUGGCCUUAUAUCUGAAUGACCUCACGCUUUUAGUCGUUGUCUUGGCGGGUUUCAAUGAGCAUACUUGACAUUGAAACCUCCUACUUUUUAAAUGUAAAGCACUGUCUCAGUAUCUAAAGAGAUCUAUUUUCUCAGUCUCACUUACAAAGCUACUAUUUUGGUAGAGGAUGACCGUGCACAAAGCAAGCCAAAAAAAAGAGAGAUUUGUCUUGCAUACGGGUGCACAUGUCAAUCUAUGUACAUAUAAUCACACAAAAGCCAUUAUGUCUGUCAUUUAUAAGCUGCUAAAUAAUGCCAAAAAAGGUCAUUAUUCUGACGUUACAUUACAUUUAACUUCACGUAAUUGGAUUUAUACAUCAGUUUCCAUUUCCAAGGGUGUAGUGUAUAUUUGAUUGUGUUAGUAAUUUUUAAAGUAAAAAUAGUAUUUUAGAAUAUGACACGUUUUCCAAACCUGCUGACUUAAAACCUGACAAGGGAGUAAAAUAUAUAUAUAUAUAUUUUGCAGUGUUCAAUCACGCCACAUCAUAAAAGGACAUGUAAAAAGAUAAAUAGUGAAAAAAGUGGCACUUGCACUCAUCUAAAUAUAUGAUUUGAUUCAACACAUACUUAGCAAGGUUUCCUUCACCUGGAGUCAUUUGGCCCCAUAACUAUAGUCUAGCUUUGCAGCUGGUGUGUGUUAGAUGCAAAACAGAAGGCGCUUGCCAUGCUAAUUAAUGCACGAGACGGCAGCGUAUGUGAAAGGUAACGACUGUUACUGGAUUUCCAAAGUUCCUGUACUUGGUCAAAGUUCCUGUACUUGGUCAAUAUUAUCUGUGUAGCAGAAAUCAUCAUUAAUAACUUACACGGCAUAUCAUUUUACAGGAUGCUAUUACAGUUCAUAUCAGAGCCACUCAAGAAAACUAUGAUAUUCCUGUCAGGUUUUUGUGCCCCAAUCACCAAUGUUCAUAUCCAUCGAUCAAGAAAAGACUAAACAUUAUCCAAGAUUCAUUUUAGCAUCACUAUACCUCAAUCAUGUAACAAUAAAAACCAUAGAAUUUUUACAUAGAAGAUCCUUGUAAAGAUCUCUGCAUGUUCGGAGAACGUGUCAUAUGCAUUGGUAGCUUCUCUGAACUCCUUCAAGUUGUUAGUGCUGCAAUCUGUGGCUCCUUUUGUAUUAAAGACGACUUUUACAUGCACUUAAAUGGACCGAUUUGAACUUUCGGCAAAAAUGUGACCCCCCUGGCAUGCCUGGUGGGCUGGCUUUUAUUUUUGAUGGGUAUUUCGAAGCCCGAUGCAAAUAAAUACAUUAAUAAAAAGCUACAAAGCAGUUUCUUAAUGUACUGUAUGUACAAUAAAUUGGAAGAACAUGUGGUAUUGAUAAGCACUAAACCUGGAUGGAUGAUCUCAGAGCAUCAACAGUAAAUAAAUUAUCAUCUUCAUUGUGUGCAUGAAAACUGAGACACAAUUUGUGUAUAGAUGCGUAGGAAGGAGAUUGAAACAGUGUUUACUAUCACAGUUUGCACACACAUUUCUAUAAUUCAGAUAUUGCUUGUUACAAUUAGGUGGAUGGAUAAGAAUCCAUCCAUGAGAAUUGGCGUGCUAGAUUGUUAAAACGUGUACCAUCGUGACUAAAGUUUAAUAAUUGUAAAAAGAAAAAAAAAAGUGAAGUAAAUGCCAGACAGAAAGCAAAUGUUGAUGUUGUUUGGCUUUUACUGUGAGAGUGAAUGGCUCAAAGACGGACUGAACAGACGUGCGGCGGUUUGGCUGUGCCUUGCAGCACAUUGCUCUCAGGAUGCUUUCAGCUUUCACUUUUUCUCUUCACCGGCCCAAAAACCAGUGGUUACUGCUGGCAAGAGUCUAUUCUAAUAGUGAUAUAUUUUGUGAAAACUUGUACAUGUAAAUACAGUUCAAGCUUUGUAUCUUUGUGUAUGUCUGACUUAGGCACCUUGAGAUGUUUAAUAAUGGGUCUGUUGAGGGGGCUUUACAUGAUGCUGAUUAUGAUUACAGUAAUCCCUUGUUUAUCGCGUUCCAGACCUGACCAUGAUAAGUGAAUUUCUACAGAAUAGGAUUCCUUAUUUAUAAAUGUGAUAUUUUUGUAGUUGGAGCAUAGGAAUCCUGUUUACAACCUUCUAUAUAUGGUUUUAACAUUAUCAGAACCCUCUAGGCAUUAAAUAACACCCCAAUAGUCACUUUUACACUCGUAUAAUCCUAACAUGAAAUAAGACAUGUAAGACAUAAAUACGACUCGGCUUGUGUGUAUUGUUGUAAAUGUGUUCCGGUGCUGGGGGAAAUGAGAGGGGGACGAACAAGAAGUGACAUCGGGGGUUAAGAGUUGAGUUUUAGCUUGGUGUGUGUUAUGGCAGCAACAGUAGCCCGUCUAGGGAUUAUUGUGCCUGUUGAUUCCUUCAAACCUGCAAUAAAAGCUUAUUGUUCGGCGAUCAAGUCUGGUGCUUGUGUGUCUCACCGAGCAUUAUAGUAACAUUACACCUAGCGACCGGUGUAGAAUACUACGUAUCAUCACAACGUCUUUGAAUGCGUCUUCUGAAUGCCUUAUAUUUGUUUUGUAGUUCGCAUAGCCAUUUUGAUGCUUGAAAGUGCUUCAUUUGGGCGGGGGAAACGUAAAAUUUGCUUAAAUAUACAUAUAUAUAUAUUUUUAGAAUUGCCUGUAUUCAACUAUGAAACAAUGAUUUAUUAAUUAUAUUAUAGAUUUUUGAAUGGAGCAAAGCUAUGGAUGAAACAGGAUAUUGAUAAAACGUGUUCAAAUAGUAUUUUUCCCCCAAAUUUUGAUGAAUGUUUAUCGUAGAACAUCAAGGGUGUUCGACAAGCGACACAUUGUUAUCCGACCAACAUUUUCAGGGAAACAUCUGUUUCUCAAGAAAACUUCGCAAGACACCUGUUCAAGCGCGCACCAAAAGAUUAUAAUUCUGGGUGUGUAUUGCUGUUUAUUUUUGCUGUAACAAAACAUGGCGUGUAUGUGGCGGGGGAUUACUGUAUUUCAUAAUGUUUGUUACUGACACUCAAGUUGUCAGCACAAAGUAUGACACAAACACCAAAGGAUGUAUUGUGUAAAGCCAGCCCAACUGCAAGGCAAUGCUUCAAAUGCAUCUAAAGGGAAAUUCCACUUAAUAAAGAAAAGGGUACAAGUGAAAUGCCUGCGUUUACAAAUUUGUCUCAUUUUCUCUUGGCUAUAAAGAAAGCAUUGAUAAUUUUAUGAAGGAAACAUUGAGUGGUAUUACUCUUUAACAAGGAAUUGAUGUGAGCUUGAUUAUUUUUCUCAACGGUGUUGCUUUCAAAAUAUAGAUUCCUCUAUAAUGUUAGGUAAAACCACAGUGUAUAAACAUUCAUAAAGGAAAAAAAUGAAUGAAUGUGUUAAGCCCAAAUGAAUUUUGGGUUUUGCUGACUUUGUUUUUUCAUGAAAAAGGACAAGGCCACUUUAGGCCAGCUGUCUGUUCAUGAGAAGGUGAAAACAAACCUGCCUAAAUGUUUCUACAUGUGAAACAAUCCGAUUGCAAGGCUGCUGUCACGGUUGUUUCUGGCAUUUGGCUCAUCGUUUGCGUGCCGUCCCCCCCACACCCCACCCACCACCCCC